AUGUCUUCGCAGAAACCCCAAGCUACAUACUUUUCCAAUGGGCAGGCUUUGCAGAGCCCGCCUUUGACCGUCCGCCUGAACCGCUUCGUCGAGAAUGUCUAUCUCUUUGUCGGCUUGUAUUUUGUGAGCCUUAUGUCGUUCGAGCCAUACGCUGCUGCCCAGAGUUCACAGUUCAACAUCUACAACAGGAAUACUGCUUCUGGGACCCGAUCUAGCUGGGGUGCGAGAACAAGCAGCAGCAGCCACGGUGCUGGCGGUGGAGGCGGUGGCCGCGUCGGUGGGCCGCGCAUCGGCCGAGUGGAUGAUGUCCGAGGACCAGAGUGCAGGAGCUGCCAGUAG